GAUAUUUUGCUCAGCCUCGUCCAAUAAUUGUUAAUUAUUACCGGUUAAUUAUGAUCUUCCAAAAGAAAGAGAAAUAGGAUCUUAUUUGGAGCCGACUAAAGCUAAUUAACAGAAGUUGUUAUUCUUGUUUUAUUCAGUAGUACACUCAGUCUCGCCAUGUUCGAAGGAUGUAUAGGUGAUAUUAGGGUCUAUCGACCAUCGAGUGGUCAGCUGGAUAAAGUAAAGCUACGGAAAUCAGCUAAUGCAGAGGACACUUGCAUUGGAGCUUGUAGCAAAGUGGAAUGCUACAAUGGUGGUCGAUGCAUUGACAGAAUAUGGUAUUCAGAAUGUGAUUGUUCAGCGACUGGUUUCAAAGGAGAUAGAUGCCAAACACGUAAGACAGCUACCACUUAGAGCAUAUAAUUAAUGACAAAUAUGAAUCACUAGAUGCUGUUCUUGGUCAAAAAAGCUGAUUGUUGACGGCUACUCGUUAAACGUCUGUAAAUGAGCAGUAAUCUACGAUUGGGCAAAAUAUAGUGACGUCAUGAGCAAUGAUAGUGAGCAAGCAAAGGAGAGGAAAAACCUGUUUUCAGGGCCUCUCCUUAGAGACUCUGGGAACGAGCUUUAGAUAAAGCUUCAAGGGGCCGAUUACAAGUCAAAUUUCGGCCAAUGCUGAUAAUUUCCCAUGUAACGAGGCAAAAUUUUAGCCCCCAAGGGAAGGCCGAAAGCGUUAGAGAGGUAGAAUUCAAGGUAUGACAAAGGAUGACUAGGAACCUCAAAUAUCACUAUAAUAAAACAUAUUUACGACAGAUAAGUUUCUAUCCAUGGCUGGCGCAGCUUGUUAUUUCCAACAUUUCCAUUAUUUCUUGCUUGAUUGGGACAGUUGCUUUUUUUCGAAGGGUAAUGACUUUCGGGAUUUGCAAAGAACCGUUCAAUUUUAUCCUUCCCUUUGGUUAAAAUUGGUGGCGGAGGCCCCUGGGGAGGGGGGUACCGUUACUUGCUUUUCGGCAUACAUUUUUCCAAUACCUGAGCGAUGUCUCGCACGCUACUUGGGUAGGAGCUGUGGUCCAUGGGAGUGUAGAUCAUGUAAGAUUGUUGUCUUUUAUAAUUUUGUUAAAUAUAUUUUACCUUAAGGUUCCCAUACUGCCUUCCUGAAUACCCCUGACGAGAGAGGAGGAUAUAUUUCUCAGUCACUGAAUGAUGACAGUCCCCUCAUGAACACAGAAAGGAACACAGUUAGUUUCAUGUUUUUAACAGAAAAGAAAAACGGUGUAUUCUUUUACAUGGGGCGAGACAAAGACCAUUUGGUAGUUGAACUCGUAAAUGGAGGUUUACGAGUCGAAGCAGGCUUCGGCGGAGGUAAAAUUAAAGCAGGCGUUAUUAGAGACCUUAAAGGAGUCAUGUCAUGAUAUUUGCUGUCAUUUUAAAAACCUAAAAUGUUUUUUGCCUCGGUUAAAUUCCAAAAAUAAUGGCGCAGUUUUGUUAUUUAAGACUGUAUCUAGGUCAUGAAAGUGUUUCUUGUCGUCUGAUGUAACGGAUGGAAAGGAUGGACAUGAAUUGAAACUUGAAAAAGUUGGGUCACCUUUUUCAAGUUUUAAUCUACUCAGUGCCUGCAAAAAAUCACCAAAAAAAUUUUGAGGUUAUUGCUCCCUGAUGAAAUUUGUCUGAUACCUUCUUCGCAACUCUAUAGUAAAGCAUUUUGGCCACGAUUGAAGGCACUAAGUAAUAACUUUAAGAGAAAAUUGAUCGAAAACAGCAGUAUCCUCGUGACAAAGCCCAAAAGCUGUAAAAGCUGUCGUCUCUUUUUAGGGCUCAGAAUGAAUAGGGGUAGCACAUGAGCGGACCUAAUGACUGAAAGCAAGGGAGCAAGGGAUGGCGCAGUGGUGAGAACGCUCGCCUCCCACCAAUGUGGCCCGGGUUCAAAUACCAGCGUCGACGCCAUAUGUGGGUUGAGUUUGUUGUUGGUUCUCUCCUUUGCUCCGAGAGCUUUUUCUCCGGGUACUCCGGUUUUCCCCUUUCCUCAAAAACCAACAUUUUCAAAUUCCAAUACGAUCAGGAAUCAGGUAGACGAAGAACCACUUUGUGGAUGUGCUACCUCCUAAUGAUGAUUAUGAUUAUGAUUAUGAUUAUGAUUAUUAUUAAAUGAACAAUUUACUCGGGCGCUGCGUGCAUACUUUCCAUGAUGGCGUCAGAGCCUAACCUACAAAUAAACCCCACUCAAAGCACCCAAUCUCUGACAAUUGUACGACUAACAUCGCUCAAGGUUUGUACAUCUCAGACAUCUUGGUAAAAUAGUAUUCUAAAACCUCCAAAAAACAGACACACAUUUUCCCAAGGAAGAGGUUGAAGAUUUGUUUUUCCAAAAGACUGACUCUAAUUACUUACAACCUUUCUUUGUCUAUUGGAGGUCCAAUAGGUGUGUUUGUCAAUGAAAGUAACCUCUCAGACAGCUGCUGGCAUCACGUGGAAGUUCGUCGCAAAAAGGCGCGGUUAAUUGUCAUCAUUGACAAAGAAAAAUAUGGAAAAAUCCGUCAAGAGUCUUCACCAACACAUAUCAAACUGAAUCUUAACAACAAGACAUCAAAUGUGAUUUACUACGGCGGGGGCCCUUCUGAGAAGCUGUGGUUUGCACAAGCUAAACCUUUGUCUUUUACGGGUUUUCUUAAACAGUUUUACUUUGAAGAAAUCAAUGUGAUAGAAAAUGCAUUAAUAAGCCAAAGGAAAGGUUUUAAAAUAUCAGACCCACUUGGAGUGGGAAUUGUAGAGAAAAAUAACUCCCUACUGCAAUCAGCAGAGUACAACUGCAGACCAGAGCUUGUGCAUGGGUCAGGGUGCUUCUCUGAUGAUGACACAGAUCUGUCAUGUAUCCCUUCAACAACUACACCGACUAAAGGUAAGAUUUUAGAG